AUGCCACUCUCCAAGGCGCCACGGCGGCCGUCCACGGUGGGGAUGUGCCGCGCUUGCAGGCAGUCCUCGCAGCAGGAGCGUUGGGCUGAGGCGCUGGGGCCGUACAUGGAGCCGCUGCCGCCGCGCAGGGCAGCGACAGCAACAGCAGAACGUGCACGUGCGGUCAAGGCGUCGCGGCGGCAAGUGCCGCCGAGCACGACAAAAGGGGCAGAGAUUCCCGCGGCCAACGGCGAGGGCGCUAUAAGUCAACUUACAGACGACGAGCGAAGUAUAUGCAACCUGAUGGUAGGCGUACUGCAGCACAAGUCGUCACUGGAGGCCCGGCGCAUCGUAGCGGAGGUGAGCGAAGCCGCGCAGUCCCGCCGCCUGCUCGCGUCGUACAGUGGCGUGUACGCGAACGCCUGCAGCGAUGACGACAACGAGGCCGCGAGGAACGGCGAAUCGGGGAGCGGGCGGACGCAGCUGAUCCGCCACCUGCAGAAGCGUCGCGAGGAAGAGGAGCGUGCCUCAGAAGAGGAGAGGAAACAGCAGAAGCACAUCAAUGACGCCGAAGAGAGGGAGCAGCGGGCGCGGUGGCGCAACAUGUUCGGCGGCGGAGGCGGCCGUGCAAACGGGAGCGGCACUCCUGCUUCUCGGCGAAAGAAAGGGCGAUCAAAUGGCGCGCGCAAGCUGGUAUCAGACACGGACGAGGAGCACGCACACCCACAACAGCAACAGGAACAACAACAGCAGCAGCAACAGGAACAACAACAGCAGCAGCAACAGGAACAACAACAGCAGCAGCAACAGGAACAACAACAGCAGCAACAACAGGACAGUCGAAAAUGUGGGGAGGAUAAUGCGGCGCUGCGUUCGUCUGCAGGGACGGGUAUACCCCCGAAUGUCCCGCGGCGCAUGAAGGCGGUGCGCCACGUCGCCUCCUUCGACGAGCAGUGCGCCGACCGCUACGGCGGUGCAGCGGCGUCUAAGGAGAGUCUGUCGAGCGCGUCACUCGUGCGCCUCACGCAGACCAGCGUGGGGGAUGACUCUGUGCGCCAGUCACCGUCAGUGCGCUCGCCCGGUGCUGGUGAUGAGGAGGGCAGCCGCUCACAGGGGCUUCUUAGCGACGCUGACGAGGCGCCGUCCGCGCUGAUGGCCACGCGGUGUCCUACUGCUGCUGGCGAUGCUCGUGAGACGUCGGAGGCGGCGCUCAGCGGCUUCCCCCCAGUGCCGCGGCCGCCGCGUCUGCCAGAUGCAAGUAAUCACCCCCUCCCGCCGCCGGUAGUGCCGAUUAUUGUGGAAGCGAAGCCGCCCUCACCGCCAUCACCAACUGGAUCACCAUCUUUGUCUGCGGUUUCUAACAGCAGCGUGAGCAGCGUCGAGGAGGAGUUGAACGGUGAAGGCGAGAGUGAGAAGGAGAAUGGGAAAUCGGACACGGUGGUGGACACGGAGGGUGCGGCAGCGGCAGCACCGACAAAAUUCCCGUGGGAGUUGGAUGAUGAAAAACUGCCAUGGGAGUUGUAG